CUAUUUCAGGGAACCAGGGCUAUGAUUUGUGGUCUUGUUUGUUGUUGCAUUCAACUUUUUUGUUUUCUGUCUUACAGGUUAUGCUUUUGUAUAUUGUAUUUUGAUUCAAAAACUUUAUUAUUUGGUGUCUGAAGUGUUUGUCCAUUUAUUUUCAAAUUAUUGUUUCUCUGUUUUUCUUUUCCACCCCUUUCCUAUUAUUUUUGUUCGUUUCCUCAUUUUACUUUAUAAUCCCUCCAUUGUGGAAAAACAAAACAUAUUUUAUGUGUAAAUGUUUUUAUCUUUUAUCCUGUUUUGGAAAGACCUCGCUCCCUGAACCAGAGAGGAAGGGUUAGGAUAAUCCCAGGCGACACUCGGGUGGGAGAGGAGGACUGGGACAUUAAAUACCAGUUGUUAGGGAAGCAGCUUUCAGCAGAGUGCCUAGAGGAGGGUCCAGAACACUGGCAGAGUGAGAGUGACAGCAGGGGGGUCAUUUACAGGCUAGUGGCCAGUAGAGAGCCAGUAAUCGCUGGUUUCUACCCGAGUCACAAGGUUGAGUGUGACUCAGUGGCUCCCCCUAGGUACCCAGAGGAGUUUGACACCUUAGACGGGAGACGGAGGAAGAAGUUCAGAGGCCAUGGCGUGCAUAAUGGAGAGAUGAGGCGGAUCGACAAAGAGACAGAAAGCUUUGGGGAUGAUUCCAUGGUUCACUCUGCUGGCCGAAUAAGGCACCAGAACAGUGAUCCUGUGUUACCCCAGGCGGCGGAGCUAGAAGAGAGUGGACAGUUGAUGCCCUGCUUGCGCCCCUAUAAAAAUGGGCUGUUAGUCAAAACCAACAUGUGGGCAAAGAACGAAGUGGAAGCAACAAUGGAAAGAUAUGUUGCAUACCAGAAUGCUGAAGGAGAGAGGAGGCUUCGAAGCCAGGCUGAAUAUGACAGCAGUGGCUCGGAUGAACUGCAGUAUUCCAUCGGCUCUGAAGAGGAGCUGGAGGAGAUAGCCUCGCUGGCAGAAGCCAUUCAUUCUGAAAAUGAGAGUUACAAUUCUGGGAAUGAGAAAUACCAUCUGAGGCAUGCUCAUCAGGAGAGCUAUGGGGAUAAGAAGGUUGGCAAAGGUAAAGUGGGGAGUUGGGCUCCAGAGGCCAUGCUUUCUCCAGUGGAAGAGCCUAGUGAUGAGUACGUGGACCCUAUGGAUGAGCUCCAGUGCCUGGUGGAAACUGUUUCGGAGUACCUGGCAGAAAAGGAGGAAGAGAUCAGCAAGUUCGGGACCUUGUCAAAGUCAAAAACGACCAGAACCGUGGCCAAGGAUGGAACCAUUACAGAAACAGGGGAGAACAAGAAAUUAACCAUGAAGGAGGAAUUGCCAAUCAAAUCAGAGGCGCUAGCAGAUGGCAGCCAAGGUGUUAAUGUGGAAUCCAUGCCAGAUUUAACUGGGGUGAAGAACACUAUGAGCUCUUUGUUCAGUUCACUAACAGACAAGGUUGGCUCUGGCACCAAGCAGCUGUCCACAUCUGUAGAGAAACUUGUUUCAAACCAGCCACAGGAAAACCCUGAACCCAGUGUCCAGGCUGAGUCUGAAAUCUCCAAGCUCUUUUCCUUCAUUCCCAAAUCCAGCAGCACAGCUCCUGUUACUCCUAUUUCUAUGGCACAGGACCAGCCCGUCCAGGAUAGAAAGUUCUCACUACAGUCUUUAUUGCCAUUCCAGUCUUCUGAUCCUAAAGAAUCUGGUAAAAAGCCAGAGGACAGCUCCCAAGAUGCAAAGUUACCUGGAGCUCCAUCCUCUGAGACCAGUGGACUGCAAAGCAGCAGCAACAUCAGCAUCAUUGAUGAAAAAGUUCAUGAUUCCUCCUCAAUGCAGGAACCAGCUUCAAUCAUGAACUCUGUGUUUGGAAAACUCAACCCCUUAAGGUUUUUCUCUAAUAAAGAUCCUUCCAGUGGCGAGGCAGGACAGACUGGAGCACUAAACAAACCACAUGGCCAAAGUGAUUUUAAAGAGGAGCCAUUGUCAUCCAAUGCUGUCCAGGGAUCUCAAACUGAAAGUGGGGGAAAUGUGGCUUCUGACGCAAAGUCUGAAGGCAGAAAUCAUCAAGGAAACAAAAUGCACCUUUCAAUAUCUAGGAGUCAGACGCAUUCUAGUGAUGGGGAAUUUUUAGACGAAGGUGACACUGUAAAGAUUACUCAAGGCCACACAAUUCAAAGCAGAUCUUCAAACUUACCAUCAAACCAGCAGGGAAAUGAGAGACAAUGUCCACCUGAGGCAAUGAGUGCCCAACAUAAUUCAGAAAGGAUUGAUGUCCAUCAGGAAAACCUGAAGAAAGAUGAGAAUAAAAGCAGUGUGACUGAGGCAAUUAAAGCUAACUCUGAAGAGUCUGGGUUCUUCAGCCCUCUGAAGAAGUCAUUCAGUCAGUUCAUGACAUCAUCAUCCAAUGAAAAACCCCAAAAUGAGACCCUAGAAGGUUCCUCAAACUUUUCUUUUCCUCUUUUCAGAUCCUCUGAGAAUGUGAGGCAAGAGAAACCUCUUGAAGACCUGUCUUUCUCUCUUGGGAGCAAGUUAAAACUACCUUUCUUUUCCUCAGAAAAUAUCUCGACUCCACAGCAGAAAGACACCCCGACUGAAGGAGGGAUGCUUUCUGGGCUGCUGAAGUUUGCCUCAAGUGAAAAUCUAUUCACUUCUAAGGAAACACCAAGACAAGAUCCUCAUAAACUGCCUGGGAGCUUGUCCCAACCUUUACAAACUGGGAAUACUGACCCAGUGAUGCCCAGAACUAUAUCAGCAAUGAACCUAGAUGUUUCCAAAUGUAUUUCUGGAGUCACACAGGGGUUGACAAACCAAGGUAAUGUGACUGACAAAGAACCGAAAGGGAGCGCAGAGACAGGAUGGCUUUCUAGCUUGUUUAAGUUUGCUUCCAAUGAGGAUGUAAGCGUUCCCCCGGGUCAGCAGUCAGACAAAUACACCUAUCCACCUGAAGCCAGACCACCAAACCAGAAUGUUAAGCAGCAAUUCGACAGGCAGCAACCGAGAGGGCAACACCAGCUGCCUCUGCAACAGCAAAUUGAAAGUGGAGACCCUCGGAGGCAAGAGCAAUUCCACAAGCAGCAUGCUAGACAUCAGCAGCAAUUGAAUAGCCAACUUCCUCCAGGUCAGGAACAAUGCAACAGCCAUUAUGAUACAGAGCAGCAGCAGGAGUUCCACAACCAGUCCCAUAAUAGACAACAGCAACUACAGCAGCAAGUCAAUUGGAAUUCUUCUAUAGAGCAUCGCCAGCAGCAGCAGGAUCAACAGCAGAUUACUGUGGAUAAGGAACAGAAGCCUGCUGGCCAACAAGGGCUAUUUUCAGGACUAUUCAAAUUUGCUUCAUCAGAAAAUGUGUCUACAGGCAACCAGCCCUCUGCAGGGCAUCAACAUCCGCAACCACCAAGGCAAAACCAAAAUCUGCAACAUCAAAGCACUGUAGACCAGAAACCCGCUGGCCAACCAGGAAUAUUAUCAAGUCUGUUCAAAUUUGCUUCAUCUGAAGACAUGUCUACAGGCAAGCCAGGGGAGUCCAAUCCUAGAGCCGGGGGUACAGAACAGAAACCGAGCUACGCAAGAUCUCAGGGUUUGCUUACAGGUAUUUUCAGUUUGGGGUUGAACGACAACAUGUCUGCAACCAAACAAGAAGAUGCUGCUGGAAAGAAGGAGGGUCCUCUGAAUUUCCUGAAGUUUAUGAGCAAAGAGGAAGACCCACUUCCUGAGAGAAACAGAGAUGGUCAGAACAACCUUGGCAAAACAACCUUUGCUCCCACAGAUGUUAAAGCUGCAGAGAAAAAGGAGGAAAGCACCUUUAGCAUCUUUGAUUAUUUCAUCCCAAAGCAACGACAAGAGACCAUGAACGUUUCUCAGAUUCCAACAUCUAGCAGCACAGGUUCUUUACGCCUUCAGAAGUCAGGUUCUCUACAUUCCCAACAAAAUCCACCACUCUCAUCAUCCUAUAGUACAGGAUAUAUAGACAGAAUAGACUCAUAUAGUCAACCAAAUUCACAGGAACAUCUACCAUUAUCGACAUCCUACAGCACUGAACACAUUUCCUCCUGGAAACAAGAGCAACAGGCUUAUCAACAGAUCUCUUCGGUUUCAUCUUCACAGAGCAUUGGACAUGAACCCCAGUGUAUGAAUGACCAUGGUCAUCCUCGGGAAACCGUACCAUAUUCAUCUCUGCAGCACACAGACCAUUUACUCCAUAUAACACCUGACCAGCAGAAUUAUCAACAAAUCCAGCCGUUUUCAUCAUCACAAAAUGCAGCACAUAGACCUGUGAAUAAUUACGAACUCCAGAUUUUCCAAGAAACUCCCUCAUCUCACUUGGAGUGGCACCAGCAGCUCAAUCAGUAUCCCAUUUCUGGCAUCCAAACUGAAAGCCAACAUGUAGAAGAAGUGCAGAACUAUUGUAUGACGGGUCUAGAGUACAGGCAGCCCCCAGAUGGAGCCACAUCGAUGCUAGAAACCCAACAAUGUUGGAGUCCAUUAGAAAGGGACCCCACUCAUUAUUAUGGAUCUUCCCAGCUUGGUGAAGAGAUUAAUGAUUACCAGGGCCAGCAGAGUUUCUAUCAAGCACAGUCCGAUCACAGCACAGUCUAUGACAUGAACUGGGAGCAUGAAAGAAGAGACUUCCCUGCAGGCUACUUGCAAAAUGAUGGCAAACAGCCCUGGAAUACUGACCAUGACAGCCUGAGUAAUGUGUAUUCUCAGACAGGGAUGGGAGAACCUGAAAGCUGGGGCGACGCCUGCGAUGAUGCUCUCAAUUUGAGUGUAAAUGUGUGGGACAGAGGGUUCAGCAGGAGAAAUUCACUUCCUGAAAACAGAAACUGCGAUCUGCAGAGACUGCCAUCGUACGAGUCAUUUUGCCCAAUCUCAUACAGAGAGGAUUAUUAUGAGGAACAUGAGACCUGGGACGAUCACGCCUUCCAAGGGAACUCAAAUUAUUGUCAAGUCCCAGAACCUAUUCUCAAACGCUCUUUUGAAGAGGUCCCAGUGGACCUGAGCUACUCCUCUGGUGGAAAUGCAAACAACUGGUCUUACCAUGAUCACCAGCAGGCAAUGGAUUUGGAGGAUGAGCUCAUGUAUGUAGAUGAGGUGGAGUGGUACCAACAGUGGUUGUCACUACUGGAACAGGGAAUGUGGUGGCCAUCAGAAGACGGUGAUUAUGGAUAUUAUAUUUACAGCGAUGGAGAAUUUAUUUAUUCUCUGUUAACUGAUGGCACCGGGCAGCAUGUCUAUGUGUGCACCCCAGAGACAGAAGAAGGUGGCUGGGGGUAUGGGCAGUAUGUGGAUAGCUUCUCCAGCGCAUGGGUGGAAAAUGAAAUGGUGGCAGUGUGUGGAUUCAAAGUCCCUCUGUACAAUGAAGAUGAACUCUUCUGGUUUCCAGAGGCGGACCUGUCUGAGGUUGAGCUCAUUAAUUCUCCACUGGAUCUUUCAGCAGCUUUUAAGAAAGGUGACCAGCUAAUGAACAUGAACCUGGAAACCUUCUCCCAAAUGUUUGAGGAUUCCAUUUACUGGCAGAGAGAGGAGCCACUUAACUUCUCUAAUUAUAGACUCCAGAAGGUUAGAAUGGAUCUAAAAGAAAAGCAAGAGCGGGACUACCUCUGUGAAGAACCUCAGACAGUGGCCUUUGACCUUACUGUUAAUAAAAUAGCUGGAACACAGAAGAGAGAGGGCCUCAAGGAGAUCUUGACUCAAAAGAUUUCUGUAUCCCUUUCCUCAACCUCGACAUCUGAGACUGGCUCAUCUGGUCUUUUUGGGCUGUUUCAUUCCUCCCACAAACAUCCUGAUGUUAAAGAAGAGCAUGCUGAAGAUAAGACAAGUUCCGAAGAGCAAUCUCAACCAAUCAAGACAAUCUCAUCCUUCUUCUCUGCUUUGGGGGAUCUGGUUGGCAAGGCACCUGCUUCUGAAGCGAGUGAGAUCAGCACAGCUUCAGCUUCAACUACCACAACCACCACAUCUACAACGACUGCAAGAAAGCUUCCUGAACCAGCCAGAGAUGGUGCCUUCUCUUUAACAUCAGGCAUGAUGAGGAAAGAAGAACCUAAGUUGCUAAGUCAAGAUGUGCCCCCUAUUGAUCAGCAGUUAAGUAAUAUAUUUUCCACAGGCUUCCAGAGCCUGAAAUCCAAAAUUAUGAAGGAGGAACCUUCAGUUCCAACCAGUGUUUCUACGAUACCUACUUCAGGGUUGGAUUCCAUGUUUGGUCUGGGUUCAGGGCAGAGUGAACCUCCUACACUCCUCGCUGAGAAACCGAAGCCUGUCCAGCCUGCCCAGCCCUCCCAGGUUUCCCAGCCAGUCAGUGAACCUGCAGAUGACUCUUUUUUCAAAAACCCACUAAAACUCUUCAACCUUUCUGUUACCCAACCCCAAGCCAAGCCUGCUGAGAAACCACAGGGAUCUGGGUUCUUAGAUUUCUUUAAAUCAGCAGUAGGACUUGAAGAACAGAAAUCUGAACCCCCCAAAGUUCUAGAGAGCCAGCCAAAACCAGCAGUGAAAGAAGCCGGAGCAACCAAUACCAGUGCAAACAAAGAGUCCUCUGGCAUUUCUUCUCUGUUUGGGUCUAUUGGUGACCUUUUCAAAGUGGAUCCUCCCACAACUCAACAACAGCCUCAACAACCACAAAUUAUACAGCAACAGCCAAUAAAUAUCACCUGGAAUGACAUGAAUAAAGACCCAGUGGGCCCAAUGCAAAACCAGGCAAGUCACCAGGACAAACAGGAAGGUUUGAAUGGGGCGUCACCCAAUAAACCAGGUAGAGGCACAGGUGCAUCCUCCAGACCAAAGGGACUUCGUAAGCAACAAACUCUGGGUGGCAUUGGAGAAAGUGGGGCGCAAGAAAUUGGUGGCAAGCAACUACCAAACCAACCCCAUGGUCCAGGGAGAAGCAUGUCCCAAAAUUUCCCUCCUAAUGCUAAUAUUUCCAAAGUCCAAGACAGAUCACAAACAAUGCCCCCUGGGGCACCAAGACCUGUGCCAACAGGGCAAAACAAACAGGAGCCACCACCCAAGCAAUCAGGUAGUCUUUUCAACUUGCCUUUUGGUGAUAUUCUGUCAGGAAAUUCUGCUUCUAAACAAGACACUCCUGGCAAAAGCAUAUUCUCUUUCUUUAGUGGACCGAGUCAGCCAAGCCACGUGCAGUCACCACCUGCCCCACCUAAGCAGCCAGGUAGUGAAUCUGAAGGAUUCAAGCUUCCUUCUUUCUUCUCUCUGGGAGGUGCCACUGAGGAGAAUAAACCCAAGUCCAGUGGCUCCAGCUUCAGCCUGUUCAACAUGUCAUUCUUGGACGAGAAGAAGCCAGAUGGUGGCCAGGUAGAGUCACAGGCAAAUUCUGGUUCGCUUCCAAGGAGUGUAAGCAACACACCAUCUAGAAGAAGUACAAAAGAAGACUUGGACUUCAUGAACUCGGUGUUGGGGAUUAGUCCCCCUGUUGCCAGCCGAACACAGCAUAAACGGGAAGCUAUUGACUCUAAUUUGGGGGUUUCUGCCACACAAGUUACACAUGAAUCUGCUGCUGCUGCAGAAACAGACCUCAGAAAUGAACAGAAAAUGUCCUCUGAAGAGCACGUAGCUUCACCCCAAAAUCAAAGCGAACAGCCUCAGUACAGCAUUCCAGGAGCUAAGGUAGAAGUAAAAGAAGUAAAGCCUGCUGCCUUCAUAGACUCUGAAAAUAAGCCCUGCAUUGAACAAGAACUUAGCAUGCAAGAUCAAGACUCUUUGUUUGAGGAUGUCAGCCCUGUUUCGGCAACCCAAAGUACUGAAAUAGAUACAGUUCAGGUCGAGGUUGUACAGAGUGAUUUGGUUUCUUUUCCACAGACAUUUUGCUUUGAUCAACCCGAAGAUCUACAAAAUGUGUUCUGCCAGGUUGAAGAACCAGUUUCCGAAACCAUUACCGUUGAGACAGUCCUUGAUGUCAAGGAGCCAGUCCCUUCACUUGACAGUGCAGCGCCUCAGCCUCAGACAGCUGUACAGCCACAUCCAGCUGUGAAUCUUCCUACAGUUGUCCAGCCUCAGCUCAGGCCAGGUGAAAUGAUAGCCCCUGGUCUUGCAACAGUCCCAGAGACUGGAGCAAUGCCUAAGCCUCCUGAGCCAGAGAAGUCUGUUGUUGACUCUUCGGUUGAGAUGUUUUCAGGCUUCAUGUCCAAGGUAAAGUUGUUCUCCGGAGGUCCAAGCGCACCCUCAAAACCAUCCACUGGCUUCUUUACUGCUCAGCCUUCAAUGACCAGGUCUCCGAGCCCUGCCCCCCAGCAGCAACAGAAAACAACCUUUUUCAACCUGCCAGGCAGCCUUCCUGCCGAGUCCUUGAAGAACGAACUGUUUGGAAUCUUUAAGUUCCAAGGGGAUCAGCCACUGGAACGAGCUGAGUCUAAACCAGCCGUCCCAGCAGAGAUCCAGCUACCCGUGCCUGUGCCCGAGGUUUGGGUUCAGGAAGAAAGCUCAGAGAAGCAGGAUGAGAAAGAGCAAUCCAUGUCUAGUUCUCUCACUGAAGAGCAGAAGUUAUCUGUUGAUGCGGAUUUGCAGGUUCCCUCUUCAGAGUCUGUUGUAGACACUGAAGCAGAAAAAAAUACUUUUGAGUCCCUAGAGAUUCAAAUAAGCAAGGAAUCUGGACAGGAGCAUCAGGCAGAGCAAGCCGAAGUGGACAUAGCUUUACAAACAGCGCAGGAGGAUGUGGCUCUCUCAACUCCAGCCGUCUCGAGUGAGGAAGCUCAGUAUUCAGAAGAGCCGCAAGUCACCUUGGAAAGUUCCCCCAGUCUGCCACAGGUGGAUGGCACACAACUUGAACACGCUGUGGUUACAGGUGAUUCUCAAGGCAAAGGAAGUGACCAGAGUGUUCCGACAAUUGAAAAUGGCCAAAAGGUCGCCAGCCUGAGUGGGCAACCAAGUGCUGAACCACCACCUUCCAAGUCGUUCUUCGACAUGCCUGGCAUACCCACACCCAAGUUCGGCUUUAUGUCAUCCACUGGUGACAGCGGGAAGUCCUUUGGCUCAUUCUUUUCACCACCAUCCAUUCCAAAAGGCAGUCCGCAGAAGGAUGGGGGCCUGCUGUCUGGUUUCAAGAAAUUUUCAGUGGGGUUCUUCGAAGAAGAAAAGACCGCCAGCAAGGAAGAACCUGCAGCCACAUCCAUGUUUGGGAAGAAACUAGACUUCUCCUUUCCUUGGCAAAAGGAAAGUGCUGAGCCCCUGAAGCAGGAACCCCCUGUUGUCACCUCCCAACCCAUGGCCAAGGAAGUCAAGCUGCUGGGUGCCAGUGAUGCGCCUGACAAUUGUACAGUAGGCACAGAACAUGUGGCCAGUGGGAGCAGCAAAGUUAGCAUUGAGGGCAAAGAUCUUAAUGGUUUAGGUUCAGACGACCACUAUAGUCUUGACCAAUCAGUUGCACCCAGUCAAGACAGUUUUGAGACCAGGGAAGGUACUCUAGUGGCAACAAUCAAAGACUCCUUUCCAGAUAGCUCAGUCGAACCUCAGGUAGAGAUCUCGCCUCCUGACCUCCAGUCAGAGCUCCUAGCUGAGCAUGAAAAGGACCCCCUCUCCGAACCCCUCCCCUCUGCAGAGCUCAGCCCAGGACUGCAGCAGGACGGCUUGACGGGGAAGGACCUUUUGAAUGUGAAAAGGCCAGUAGCAGCAUAAUAAAUGGUGGCAGUAAGCAGCCGGCCAUUUAUAAUGCAAUGAUGAUGAAUAGUUUGAAUGUAUGAGGAAUAAGAAACUAGCAACCCCCUUUAUUCUUUGUACUCUCUUCUUUUCUACCCUUUCCUAUUUUUGAAAAUGUUUGGUUUGUCUCCAGUUUGUGUUGCUGUGCUUUUAGAUGUGAAGGGUAUACUGUCUGUGCAAGUGUUUUCUGACAUUAGAGAUGAAAAUAAGAAAAAGAGGACAUAGGGAGAUCAAUCAUUCCAGCUGAAACUUUAGAAUCAUAUGAACCUCUCUGAAAUGACAGCCCGUAUACAGAUCUUAAUGAGUAUGUUGUGUUUGUGAAGAUCAUACUUUUUUCUAUUUUGGUCAGAUUGUAUGUCUUUUUAUUUGUUUUAUAUUUCUGUAUUUGAACACUAAGCAUUAAAGAAAACCACUUAAACAAUUAAGAAGAGGCUGUGGAAAAGGCUAUCUGUUGAUGCUUAUUUGCAGGGUACCCAUCCCGUUGUUUAAAUGAGUCAGAUUUAUUAAUUAAAGGUCUGUGCCUAUACCUAUUGAUACAAACAUAUAUGUGUAAUCAUAACGGUCUGUUUACUUGAUUUGAACGGGUUGACAUUUCAGUUUAAUGAGAAUAGGAUGCAUUGGGAGGCUUUUACCUUGAGUAAGCACAGGUGCUGUACUGCUUCACAAUUAAUACAGAACAUUUUGCAUUCGUUGUCCUUUGGGAACUAUUCGAAUCUUUCAGAUUCUCAAUUUGAUCAAAGUGGUGUUCUUGUCUGUGUUCCCAUGUUUGCCAUCCUAAUUCCAUUAUAACUGCAGCUGCUGUAGCUGUGUCUGGCUUGCUUGUUUUACAGUAGGUCAAUGGAAGGUCCCUAAUGCUUAUCCCUUUAACCAGAAGGGCCCUUAAAAAUUGUAUCUGCCAGAACCAUGCCCUGCUGUAGCCAGUGCUGUGCACAAGCACAAAAAAUACCACAAUUAAAAUGAAUACAUAAAUACAUAAACAAAAAUAUCCUAAGCAAGCCAAGGUGAGAGUCUGAAAAAGAAGAGAUGUACUGCCACACACAAAAUGAUCUCAAAAACUCAAAAUCCUGACACUUAAUAGAACUUUUAUGUAAUUAUUAUAACCCUUCCUUUAGAAACUGCUGCAGAAAAUACACAACAGAAGCUACGCAGCCAUCGGAAACUGCUAAACAGAGCAAAUGUAGUAAUUGUGGUUUGCAUCCCAGUGACAUAAAAAAAUAGGAAAAUAAUCAAUAUCAUGGCCUGGGUGUAUAAAGCCGAACUGUUUAUGGAGUGAUAGAUGACUUUUCUGCCCCUGCAGAUAGAUACUGUAAUAUGCUUUUGCUCUUGUUAGCUCCUUUUAGAGUAAGUGCAUUGCUGCAGGCUGUCUGUGUGAAGUCUUGUGCACAUUUACCUAGUGCUGGGACAAAUAUUUGAAUAUUCAAACAAAUAUUUUUUGACAUGUAUUCGGAUACAAAAAUGAGAUGUCGUAUUCGCUACAAAUGACAAAAAUAACUUGCCCCAGAAUUUAUGCGACAGUUUAAAAUAAAUGGCAAAUGAAAAAGAGCUCCAUGCGAUAUGUGAGAUUAAAAAAAUAUAUAUAUAUCUAUCUAUAUAUGUAUGUAUGUAUGUAUGUAUAUAUGUAUAUAUGUAUAUAUGUAUAUGUCUAUAUGUGUGUGUGUAUAUAAAUGGAGGAACAACACAGCAGCUCUUGAGUCUCUAUUUAAAAGUUUUAGACAGCAAAAAGUAAACAGACCAGAUUAUGCACACGCGCCCUUAGUGAUCUCUAUGGAAAGCCAUCAGGGACAAAAAUGCGUUGUGCUGCUUUAGAGCGAGCCAGAAUCUCAUAGGACAGAAAUGCCUCACUUAAACAAUACCCAAAUUGAUUUUUAUAUAGACUGUAUAUAUUGUAUAUAUAUAUUUUGUUGUGACUUUGUUAUGUGGAAUGUAAUAAACGAGAACCAAAACAGUGAGAUUUUUCCCCAACGCCAUUUCCACGUUUGUUUUAUUUGAAGUGUUUAAAGUUAAAUUUCAGUUUUUGUUUGCUUGUUCAGCUACAAAAAAGCACAAGUGAACCUCAUGUUAUUACUUUAUGAAAACGUGUCGAUGGCCACUGAUUACUGUGAAGA